AUGUCGAAAGAUAUUGCUUCCAUGAGAGAAAUACAACACAACCGACAACUCAUUAUGCAAGCUCUAAAUAAGAACACAACAAACUUUUCAAACUAUUCUAAGAUAUCUGAGUCAUUGAAAGAAGGAAACUUAAAACUGACAUUAAACCCUUUAACAGAUGAGUUUCUGUUUCAAGACAAUAAGAACAAUACUGUCUGUAUAAAUCCAACAAAAGGAACUUUAAACGAGAAACCUAUAAAUGAACUUCUUUUGAAAGCAGAUAUUGACAACAAAGCUGACAAAGAAUAUGUAGACGAUGCAAUAGCAAAAGAAGAAGAAAGAGCUAACAAUGCUUAUGCAACAAAAGAACAUACUCAUCCUGAACUAGCAGACAAAACAUAUGUUGACAAUAAAAUGUCAAGUGAAGUGACAAGAGCUGAAAACGAAUAUUCUAAAAAGACUCAUAUACAUUCUAUAUCUGAAAUAACAGACUUACAAGAAACCUUAAACAGGAAAAGUGCCGUUGGACAUACACAUACAUCUUCUGAAAUAACAGACUUAAACGUUAGCCUUGAAAAGAAAGCAGACAAGAACCAUACACAUGAUUUCUUCACAACUGUUGCUAUAGAAAGUAUUGAAGGAACGUUUGAAGAAACUGAUGGGGAUGUAUUAUAUUGGAAACUUCCUAACUUUCCACAAGGUUUAACAUCGGAUGACGACAUAACGACGAUGAAAAACAUUAGAUGUAAAGAUGUUUAUGUCAUGAAGGAUGAACAUAAUAUUAAAUUCACUGCUCAAGAUUUAUAUGACAAGAAAGCAGACAAAACAGAGCUUCAAACAUUAAAGACAGAAAUACUUCAAACAUUAUAUCCUAUAGGCUCUAUUUAUACGUCAAUGAACUCUACCAGACCAGAAGUAGUACUUGGUUUUGGAACUUGGACUCAAAUAGUCGACAGGUUUUUGUAUUGUGCAAACUCUUCAAAGGAAACAGGUGGAAGUAAAACGAUUUCAGGUGAAAAUUUACCUGCACAUAGUCACUACAUAGAUUUAAGUACAUCUCAAGCAGGUUGGCAUAAGCAUAAAUUUUGGGAUUGGUCAGCAAUGAAAAAAGGUAAAGGAUAUGAUGUUAAAGACGACGUUCAGUUUGCUAUAAAUUGUUUCUGGGGUAACACUAAGGGAGAUGGAAACCAUACACAUCGCGUUUCAGGAUAUACGCAAACAACGGGACAAAGUAAAGAAUACAUGCCACCUUACAUGACAGUUUACGCAUGGUAUAGAAUUGCUUAG